AUGGAAAGAGACACAAGUGAUGAAAAUAAAGAAGACAAUAUGAAAGAUAAUAGUAACAACAGUAAUAACGGAAGCAACAGAAGCAGUGGUAACGACAACACUAAAAGUAAUAAUAGCGAAAGCAGAAAAAGCAGUAGUAACGAAAACAGUAAAAGCAGUAGUAGCGGAAGAAGCAAAAGCAGUAGUAACGGAAGCAGCAAUAGUUGUAGUAACGGAAGCAGUAAAAACAGCAGUAACGACAAAAUAGACGGAAAUUAUUUCUGUGAUAGAUCCCCCUCAAAUUGCAAUGAGGGGGAUGUUUUAGAUUCAAGAAACGAGUUCAAUAUAAACAAUGCAGACCCAGGAAAUUGCGAAAAAAUACAAAGAGACAAUAUAAAGUGCACAUACGCAAAUAAUCCACAAUGGAGCUACGAUAACAAGGUAUUUAGACAAAACUAUGACGUUAUUUCAUCUAAUGAAAUUAACGCGAAUAAUGUGAACAUGUGUUUCCCCAAUAAUGGCAUUAUGAAUUAUCAACAUAAAAUGAACGAUGGUAAUAACAAUUUAAUAAUACAAAGCCAUAUGGGUUACUUAGAUUCGAAUACACCAAAUUCUAACAAUGUCUAUAAUCUAAGUAAAGUUUAUAAUGAGCUUAAUUCAUUCGCUAUCAGGACAAGCACAACAGAUAACAAUUUACUAAACAUGAAUUCCACUUAUUUUAAUAAUGCAAUGAAGUGCUCAGAUUAUAACAAUUAUAACAAUUGCAUAUAUCACAGUGGCAUGCUAAAUACUAGUGCAUCAGAAAAUCAGAAAAAUAAUUCGAACAAUUCAAGUCCAUAUAAAAGUGAUUAUUUGAAAUUUAAUUUGAAUUCUCUAAAUUCUAUAUAUAAUAAUCUGAAUUUUUCUAAUAUAUCUAACUCCAAUAACGUAAAUUACAAUAUAUUUAAUAGUAAUGUAACAACACCAGUCUUGGAUCCAAUGAAUUAUAACAUGGUAAACAACUCGUGCAAUGUAAAAUACACAUCUAAUAUGUUCGAUUUUACACCAACAGAAAAUGUCAACUCAUUAAAAGCAAAGGAUUUUAAUAUUAACCAUUCCAAUAAGGCGUUUUUUCAGGAAUCUGAUUUAUCCAAUUAUUCCUACAGAAAUUUAAAAAAUGGAAACUUAUUAUCAAACUAUCCAACUCCCGUAUAUAAUGUAGUCUCAAACAAUGUUGAUCCUGGUAGAUACAUUUCUUCCAAUAAUAGCAAAUAUUCAAAUAAAAACAAUUUAAACAUUAAUGUUUUAAAUUGCAAGGAUUCUAAUUUACCUAAAGAACAAAUGAAUGCGUUAGUUUUAUCUGAUCCUGGCAUCUUUUGCAAAUAUAAGGCGGAAAUGUUAGCUAGGGGAAAUGCAAAUUAUGAAGAAGGGAUGACGAGGAAAAGAGUGGACAAAUCGAAUAGAGAGGGGACAUUUGUUAGAGAUGAAAAAUUGGAGCAAAUCGAAAAAUCAGAACGAGAACAGGAAAGAGAAAAUGACUUAAACAUAAGGAAAGAUGAACGGAGGGAUAAAAAAAAGAAAAUUGCACAUUUAAUGAGAAAUCAUUCUAGUACUCAAAAAAAAAAGCAUAAAAGCAAAGGAAAUUCACUGAAUAGAGACACAGAAUGUGUAAAUUCAAAAGAAGUGUUUUUUCAUCAAAACAAAGAGGAUUGUUAUGGUGGGGACAAAUUAAGAGAAAAUUACCAUAUAAGUGGAAGGAAAAAAGACUCAAAGAAGGACAAUUUCGGCGUGCUUAUAACAAAAAAUCACAAUAGUAGAAAAAGCCUAACAAAUGAAAAUCAGCUAUUGAUGGGUAAAGAACAGAAAUUCGAUUUUAAGAAAGAUAAAAACGAAUGCAGUUACAAAAAAGUUGAGAAGGAAAUAUCGUCAAAAAAUAGCAGUAAAAACCAAAUAGUUGUGAACAAAAGAAAUAGUCAAGUUUUGACAAAUAUAAUGAAUUUCCAAGGUCCAGAAAAAUAUAUAGAAGAUGAUAUGGAUCCCCAUAAAAAGAAAAAUAGCGCAAAGUACAUAAAAGAUGAUAAAAAUCCCGACAUAACUAAAUCAAACACGAUAAAAGAUAGAUUGAGAUCACGCACAGGAAAAGAACAUAUAGAAAAAAAUAAAUUAUUACACGAGAAUUUAAAUGGGAAAAAUCUGUCGAAAUAUGAUUUCCUCAUGAGCCGAAAUAUCCAUAUUAAUAAUGUUACUAUAGAAAAUAAAAAAGAGGGGAAAAAAAAAGUAACACUCAUGAAAAACUGUGAAGAAAAGAAUCACAAUUCUACACAAAUCCAGAACAAUAAUUUAACUGAAAAAAAAAGAAAGCAUAAAGACAUAAACCAAAACAAAAACACUGUAAAAGAUGAUCAAAUUGCAAUAGUGCUUCGAAAAAGUGAGAAAAAAAUGAAAAAAUUUGAGGACACCCCAAAAUUGGAUAAUAACAGAAUGUUAAAUAUUGUCGAGAAUGGCGCCAAGAAGGGUGAUUAUAAAAGCAAAAAAAAUGAAAAACUUAGGGAAAAUGAAGCACAGGUUGAUAAAGAAAAAACAGGGGAAAACAGAAAUUGCACCAAAUCACUAAAAAGGGAACAAGAAAAUGUUAGCAAUCAAGUAAAAGGAGAAGUAGAAAAAGAAGUGGAUCACGUUGGAAAGAGAGAAUAUGACAAAAAAAACGAAACAGAUGUGCUAAAAAUGGAAAAUCACAAACAGGAUGAUAAGAAUACUGAACAGAUGAAAAUAAAUGAAAAAGAGAAAAAGAUUAGGAAGGAGAAAAACGACACACAUGUUCCUGAACAGAAAAAUUCAUUAUUUCAUAAAAUGAAAAAAAAGAACAGUGUAGAAGGAACAGACAAAACAAAAGAGGGAGAAAGUAUAGGAAGUAAUUUGGAUAAGGAAGAUAAAAAUAAAGAGUUCUUGCAAGGAAAUUUCUCAGAAAAACAGACAACUGAUGCAGAAGAAAUUAUUCCCAUUAAAGAGAUCAAUACAACGAUUAGCAGUAGUGAAGGUGCUCAUGAACAAAAGGAGGAUCCUCUUCAAGCAAAUUUUCCACAGAAGGAAAUUUCCAUACUGAAAGAAUCUAACAACGAAACAGAUAAACCAGUUAACCACACAAGGCACGAAAAUAAAAUAAUUAUCCAAAUGAAAGAGUCAAGUAAGGGUGAAGACGAAAUGAUUGCAAAUGAUAAGAAAAUGCUCACGAAAGAAGGAGAUGCCUUUUUAGGAAGUGCAGAAGAAGAUAUUUUUCUAGAUGUACUCGAAGAGAAUAGCACAAAGGAGGAUAUAAUAAUAAAAAAAAAAGAGGAAUUAAAUGAUAAUAAACCAUGUGACAUAAAAAAAAGUUUCAUCGAUGAAGAGAAGAAAAAAAGAGUAAAGGACAUUAUGAAUUUAAGACUAAAUGCAUAUGCUAGUGAUGAAAAUCCUGUAAACAAUGUGGCAGAAUAUGUAGAGAUACAGAAUAAUGAGGAUGCAGAUAUAAAAAAAAAAAUUAGUGAUGAGAAAACAAAUAUAAUGGAUGAAAAGGAGGAUGCCAUUGAUAAAGACAGCUAUAAAAUUACUAAAUCAGUGAUUUAUCCAAAUGAUACUAGUAAUGCACAUGUAAAUUAUAAAAAAAAAAACAGUGUGAAAGAUGUAGCAAUAGAUUUAAAUUCAUCGUCAGCAGAAAAGGAUUAUUUAAUAAAUAAUGAGAAAAAAAAACUGUGGUCAAACUUAGGAUACAUUAGCUAUGUAGAUAAUUUUGUCGGGAAGGGUUCCUAUGGAAGCGUAAGAAAGGCUUUGUAUAAUGUUGACCAUAACAGUAAGGAUUUAAAAUUUUACAUUGACAAAAUAAAUAGUUUAGAAUUUGUGAAUCUAUUAAUACAGUGCACUGCCAACGGUAGUAGUACUACUAGUGGUAGCAGUAGUAGUAGUAAUAGCACCACUGGUAGCAAGCUGAAAAAUUUUUUAGAACAACACAAGGAAAAAGGAACAACUAACUUGGACCCAAAAGAGGCAUAUAAUAACUCUCACAAUAUGAAAAAACUGAGACCAAUUUCUUUCUCCAUAAAAAAUGCAAGCUCUUCCAUCAACGGUGUAAAAGAAGAAAAAAGUAGUGCUCAAAUUGAUAACAAUAAUUUUACAAUGAACGGGAAAGAACAAUUGACAAAUAAUUCAGAACACACAUUAGUGGGAAAUAAUAAAAAAGAAGGCCAAUGUUUUUGUUGCAACCAUAAAGGCCAUUUCGAAUUAGCCAUAAAAGAAAUUGAUGUCAAUCGAAAAGGGAAUGAAUUUCAAUUUGUAAGGGAACAGGAAUUGCUAUGUCAUUUUAAUAGCAAUGUUAUUAAACCUAUAAGCACAAAGGAUGGAAAUUUAAAAGAAAAACGAAAUUAUGAAAUAUUAAUGCAUUGCGCUAAUGGUGAUUUAAGAAAAUUACUUCAAAAUUUAAUAUUUCAUAGAAAAAAGGAAUAUGAAAAAAGAAAAAGAGUUAACAAAAUUUUAAAACUAAUACAUAUAAUUUUUGGGAAAAAAUACAAAUGUUACAAAAAUGAAGAUGAACACACUUGUGUAGGUUUAUGUCAUCAAAAAUUAAAAAAAAUAAAAAUGAAAUUAAAUAAUAAUGUAGUUGAAAUAGAACACCCCACCUUUGAUUUUAUAUAUGAUAACAUAAAAGUAUAUAAUUGUGGACUGACCGAAUCAGAAUGUAAAUUCCUCUUCUUCCAAAUAGUAAAUGGAAUUAGCUUCCUACAGACAUGUUAUCAAUCUAACAUGAUACGUUUGACAGAUAUUAAAUUGCAAAAUAUUUUGGUGUAUACAAAUGUACAUAAUAUAUAUAAUCCUUUGAAGUGGCAUUUGUGUAUAUCGGACUUUGGCUGUUCAGCAAUGGAAUAUGCAACUUUUCAUUUAGAAAAUUCUAAACAUUCUACAGAAAAUUAUAAAAACAUACUAAAUCAAUGGAAACAUCAGUUUAUUAAUCAGUUGUCUUCUUACUUUCAAGGAACGGUAUAUACCAUGGCACCGGAGGGAUUAUGUUAUGACUACAAGGGAAAUUUUAGACAAUCAAAAUAUAAUAAGCUGGUUCAUUUUUAUGAACAAAAUUUUGGCAAUAUUGAUGACAGAUUUCAGGAACUUCAAAAGUCUUCAGUAUGUGUUAAGAACUCAUUAAAUAAUUUUAAUAUUGUAAAUAUAAACUCAUCCACAAAUUUCUGUUUUCUGAGCAAAGAGGGAGAAGAAGAACAAGAAGAAGAAGAUGAACAACAACAGGAACAACAACAAAAACAAGAAGGAAAAGGUAAUAGUAUUAACGAUUCUAAAAAAGAAAAGGAGAAAAAGAAUGGCCAGAAUAAGAAAGAUAUUUCAAAAAGAAAAAAUUUAAAUCAUCAAAGAACCAAUGUGAAAAACAAAAACAACGAUGGAGUUAGUAACGAGAAAUAUGUGAAUAACGAAAGAAACAAAUCAAAUGGGAAAAUAAACUCUAAUGAAAACAACAAAAAGACAAAUAACAAUUCAACAGAAUAUCUUCCUUUCGAUGUAAGAUGUGACAGCUGGUCUUUAGGUAUCAUUCUAGCGGAUUUAGGGAAAUGUGGGAUCGGCUCUUAUGAAUAUAUUAUAUCAGAAAAAUCGAGCGAAAAUUGUAUUAACAAUGUGUGGAAAAACCAAAAUGUAGACUUGAAUAGCAUAAUACUGGCUGAUUUGAAUUUAUCAAAAGGUGAAGAAGUUUUUUAUUUAAAGUGCAUAAUGAAUUACUAUGACAUUGUCACUUUGGAAUGGGAUAACGAAUGCUUGGAGAAUGAGAAUUUAAAAAAGAAUGGAGAAACAAAGGACACAGGAAAUAGUUCGAAGGGUGAGGAUGCAAAUAACGAGAUGAGUGAUGAUGCAGAUGUUAAUGUGAAUGAUCAGCACAAUGAUUUCAAGAGUGACAACAUAAAUGAAAAUACAAACAUUUGCAAUAAUAACAAAUGUACGGAUAAAGGACAAAUAAAAAAAAUAAGCACCUCCAAACAGUCGGGUGGUAGAGAUAUCGGCUCGAGACGCUGUUCUAAGGACCUGAAAGAAAAGGAAACAUUACAUGCAGACAAUUCUAAUGAUUCAGGGAAGCAAAAUAAUAGAGGAAAUAAUUCAUCAAGAAAAAAUCAUCAUAAUAAGGACGAAGAAAAGAAUCAUAUGGAGAGUAACAACCGUGGAUAUGGGAAGAAAAAUAAAAGAAAUGACAAUAAUUUUAAUAACCUAGAAUUGUUUACAUCCCAUUAUAAGUUAUUCAUUUUAAAAUUCAAAGACUACAUAAAAAUUGACAAAGUUGCAUAUAUAAAAAAUGAGUUUGUGAAGUAUUAUAAAAUGAAUAAACACUUGAUGAAUAAAAAAAAUAUAGAAAAAAAAAUUUUGUUUUUGUUUUUAAUAAUUAAUAACAACUUGACAUACAAUUUUUACUAUGAACUUCAGUCUUUUUUUAGAAUUGAAUUAACAGUAAAGAACAUUGGUUCGGGUAUAUUCAAAUUUAGAAAUAAAAAAGAAAAGGAAAAAUAUUUACAGGACUUUAAAUUAAAUAUACAAAAAGAACAUAUGAAUGGAAAUAAGGAAUAUUGGCAUAGCAGAUUAACAAAUAAAUAUUUGGCUAUUAUUUUAAAAGAUGUAUGCCAUGAAAAUUUUUCUAAUAGAAAAAAAAAUAUAAAAAAGUGUUAUAAUAAAUUUGAAUAUCCCCUAAAUUAUAGUGAUGAUUACUGGAACUUAUUGACAGAUCUUUUGAAUUAUGUUCCAUAUGAAAGACUAUUAGCCUGUGAAAUUAUUGGCCAUGACUUUUUUUCAGAACCAAAUGAAAAAAUUAAAAAUAUCCCAAUUGCUGAAAAUGCCGAAGAUUAUGUGGACCUGCUUGACAAAAAGGAGUUUAUGAGUACCAUAUGGAAGAAUUAUAUACGAGAAAGGAAGGAGAAGAAAUAUAUCUGCAACCCCUUCCACGAAGAAUUCGAAACAGAAAAGGAAAUUGAAGCAGGCAUAGACUCCUCUGAUAAGGAAACGAAAUUGUAUGAAUUGGGUGGAGAUAAAAUGAACUCGCGCAAUUGUGUAGCAAAUGGAGGAGAAAAACGAGGUAGUACAGAAAAAGGAAAAGAAAAAGACAUGUCAAAAACAAAUAGAAUGUCAGCAAAUGAAAAAAAUUUCAAUCAACAAAAGAGAUUUAUAAUGACCCUAUAUGAUAUUAUCCUUAAAAAUGUGAAAAAUAGGUGCGAUUUUUGCGAUAGCAUAAGUGACUGUUUAAAUUAUAAAAACAUUUUAAAGAAGAUCGACAAACUGGAAAGUUGCGUUUUAAAUGUUAAAGACAAAUGUGAGAAAAAUAUAAAAAAUGGACUUAUAAAAAAGGAUGAUAUAAAAAAAAAAAAAUUUCUGUAUCCAAGUAACGUUUGUAAUAACGUGUAUUAUUUUCUAAAUGAAGCUUCCAUUUUUCUUGAGUUCACAAAUUUAGAUGUAUUUAUGAACAUGCAUUUACCAUUUGAGCAUUUGUACCUACCACUAUGUGAUGAAAAAACAGAUAAAAACAAAUUCCAAGUAAACUUUUUUUUCAAGCCAAUAUACUUUUAUUCAUUCCCAUAUAAAAUUAUACAUGCAUGGUAUACAGGCCCAUUGCAUAUCUAUUUGAAACACCCGAGUAUUCCUGAUUACAUAAAUCGUAUAUGUUUAAGGGAAUCAAAUAUUUUAAGAAGAAAAGAAAUUAUCUUUUGGUUUUGUGAAGACAUUAUUCUGAAAAGUGUAUCAAAAAUUAAAAAACUUUUAAAUUGUUCCAAUGAUUUUUUAUGCACACCAUAUGUGUCACAUAUAAUAGGAAAGCAGUUAAUAAUUAGAAAGCAAUACCUUUUAAAAUUACUUAAUGGGAAAAGUGCUAUUUAA